GUUAUGCUGGAAUAUUGCACGAACUGUGAAAUCAGGGAAUUCGACGCAUUGCCUCAAAAUAUAUGUGGGCCCUGCAUAGCGGCAGUUGAAAAUGCCUAUAAAUUUAAACUCACAUGCGAGGAAAGUGACAAAUAUUUUAGGGAGCUCUUAAUAUCAUGUGACCAGAAACCCGACAUCGAAGAGCUCAUCACAGGCGAUUGGUGUCUUACAGAAAGUACUGUGAACGAUAUCCACUUAAUAACAGAUCAGGAUAAAACUGUUGGUGAAGACAACCCUAAGUGCAAAGAAGGAAACUCGAUAGAAGAAGAAAUGGAUGAAUCUGUGGAUGAAGACAGUGAAGACAGCUCAUCAACAGAAAAAACAGGCGAAUCUUCCGAUGAAGAUUACUCUGAGGAAAGUAAAGGAAGUUCAUCAGUUAAAGGACGUGAACGUAACAACUGUAAAGAGAAUGUUAAAAAGAAAGCACAUCAACCCGAGAGGAAACCACAUAUUUGCCAGAUAUGUAACAAGAAAUUCUCCGAUAAAGGAAAAUUAAACAAACACUCGAAGUCACAUAGUGAAGAACGUCCUUUUGAAUGUCGCCACUGCUCCAAACGCUUUAAAAUGAAUAGUACUCUCCAAACGCAUAUUCGCAUUCAUACUGGCGAGUGUCCACACAAAUGCCACCUUUGUUCAGCUAAAUUUAGGACGAAUGCGUACUUAAAGGCUCACGUCUUGCACCACACUGGCGAGCGUCCGCAUAAAUGUCCACAUUGCUCCAAAGCCUUUACUCUUCGCAACAGUCUUAAAAUGCACAUUCAAUGUCAUAGUGAAGAACGUCCUUUUGAGUGUCCGCACUGCUCCAAACGCUUUAAAAUGAAUAGUUCUCUUCAAUCGCAUAUUCGCAUUCAUACUGGCGAGUGUCCACACAAAUGUCACCUUUGUUCAGCUUCAUUUAGGACGAGUGGGAAAUUACAGAUUCACGUCUUGCAUCACACUGGCGAGCGUCCGCAUAAAUGUCCACGUUGUUCCAAAGCCUUUGCUCUUCGCAGCAGUCUAAAAAAGCACAUACGUAGUCAUAGUGAUAUACGAGAGCACAAGUGCCCACUCUGUCAGAAAGAGUACAAAGAAAAGUCGAGCCUUGUUGCGCACCUUCGCAAGCAUAAUCAAAAAUUAUUUCAAUGUCAGCAAUGCGAGAAAGAGUGUAAAUAUUUACACAACUUAAAAAAGCACAUGGCAGUUCACUCAAAUGAGCGUUCUACAAAUGUGAGCAGUCUCGAAGGCGUUUAAAAUUCGAAAUCAUUAACGAUUCUUGAGAUGACAGCACCGCCCAAAGACUUGAAAAGGAUACUUCUUUAAAAUGCAACCCCAAAUUAUUUCAACCCUACCCGAAUACAACUUUAAGCAUUAAAAUUAUCACCUUCAUUUUAUUUAAUUUCGAAUUAAAAGUUAUCAAAUUAUUUAUUGCUAAA